CGGUAGGAAAUGACCUAAGCCGCGGCCAGGCGCGGUUCUCUCCAGCGGUGGCGCGGACGUGGGUGCCGCGCGCCAUGCCCGCCGAACGGCCUCCGGGCUCGCGGGCGCGGCACCGGCCGGGCAGGUGGGUCCUGGCGCUCUCGCCGCCUCUCUCUCCCGCGGGACACCGGAUGGCGGGUUCUGCUGCGGGUCCUGCACCGCCGGGAGCGGCGUUCCGGGCUUAGGGAAGCUGCCCAGGUGCUGUCACUAACCCUGCCCAGUAAGGAGCUGCUGGGGCCGAUGGUCAUGGGGGACCCUGGUAGAGAGGAGUAUAAAAUCCAGUCUUUUGAUGCAGAGACCCAGCAGCUGCUGAAGACAGCACUCAAAGAUCCAGGUGCCGUGGACUUGGAGAAAGUGGCCAAUGUGAUUGUGGACCAUUCCCUGCGGGACCGCGUGUUCAGCAAGGAAGCAGGACGCAUGUGCUAUGCCAUUAUUCAGGUUGGGGAGCGUUGGUGGAGAAGAGGGGAGACACUUGGCUUCAGGCGUGGGCAGAGAUGCGAAGGACUUCCCUCAGAGGCAGAGAGAGCAGAGAGCAAGCAAGCAGGCCAGAGUGUCUUCCGGCGUGGACUCCUCAACCGGCUCCAGCAGGAGUACCAGGCUCGGGAGCAGCUGCGCGCCCGCUCCCCGCAGGGCUGGGUCUGCUACGUCACCUUUAUCUGCAACAUCUUUGACUACUUGAGGGUGAACAACAUGCCCAUGAUGGCCCUGGUGAACCCCGUCUAUGACUGUCUCUUCCGGCUGGCCCAGCCCGACAGUCUGAGCGAGGAGGAGGAGGUGGACUGCCUGGUGCUGCAGCUGCACCGCGUUGGGGAGCAGCUGGAGAAGAUGAACAGGCAGCGAAUGGAUGAGCUCUUUGUCCUGAUCCGGGAUGGCUUCCUGCUCCCGACCAGCCUCAGCUCCCUGGCCCAGCUGCUGCUGCUGGAGAUCAUUGAGUUCCGGGCAGCUGGCUGGAAGACGACCCCAGCUGCCCACAAGUAUUACUACAGCGAGGUCUCUGAGUAGGCCUCCAGGUCAGGCUUCCCUCCCAGCAGCACUGGCCUUGCUUCUCCCCACCUCCCCCCUGGCAGCACAGUCUUUGCCUCUCCAAAGACUUUUUCCCUUCCAGCCUUUCAGCAGCUCCCAAGAAGUUUCCCACUUAUUCAGGGGUUCUGCCCUGAGCAUCUUCUCCUCCUCCUGCAGGGGUUGGGGAAAACACUACACAGACCUGCCCCCUCCUCCCUCCCCCUCAGUCUCUCCCAUACCUCCCACCUGGGCCAGGAAGAGAAGGGCAACUCCUAACAACCACUGCACUGUGUAACCACUGGCACCUGUUUCCCAUCGAUAAAAUGGGUCCCAUCGCCACUGGUAGGAUGCUUUGGAAGGUCAAGGGGGCAAGGUGCAGAGCACAAGUCACACAGAAACGUUUAUACGUUUUGUAUAAGGACCACUUUGGAAACAGGCGUAUUUCCUCCAGUCGUUUUCAUGGCUGGCAGUACUAUAUCACAUGCUACACAGUUCAGGGUGAGAAUUUCCUAAUAAACCUUUCGGAUACUAAAA